CGAACUACUGCUUACACAUUUCGUUUACAUUUGUUACAUUUGUUUCAGUUUUGUAUCAUUGCAGACCGGAGUUGGAAUAAUUACAAGAAAUGUUAAAAAGCUGCCCCUGGGCGGUAUGAUACUGAGGUGACAGUCGACCAUGGUAUGGACCCGUCCGUGGAGUUCGCCAUCCCUUCUACAGUCCUGCGUCAUCCUGUUGCUAGUUCAAGGUACCAUCGGCUUGCUUUGGAAUGCUUUUGACAUCGAUUAUUGGCGCUGCAAACUCAAGAGGAAUAAUGUCUGUCCAGACGAAGACAUCAGGAUAUUUCUCUAUUCACCAGACAAGAGCUACGCCACGCGUAUCCAGAUCCACAGUCCGUUGUCGCUCCAGGAGCAAGGUUGGGACCCUCUCCGCAAGAAUGUCAUCAUCAUCCACGGCUUCAACGGCACGGAGAGCAAAACUCCGAUGACCUUCAUCCGGGAUGCCUACAUCCACAGAGGGGACUACAACAUCUUCACGAUAGAUUGGGAGAUCCUGACGCCGUUCCCGUGCUACUUGUCGGCCAUCAGCAACUCUCGGCUGGUUGCGCAGUGCUCUGCGCAGUUCUACUCGUACCUGACCCACAGCGGUGCGCCUGCGCACACCAUUCACUGCGUAGGGCACAGUCUAGGCGCGCACAUCUGCGGCAUGAUGAGCAACCAUCUCACGGAGAAGAUGCAUAAGAUAAUUGGGCUCGACCCGGCACGACCUUUAGUGGACAGGUACGGGUCCAGAGCCUUCAGACUGACCAGGGACGACGCUCACAUCGUCCAAGUGUUCCACACGAACGCCGGUCUGCUAGGGGAGGUGCCUCAGGUGGGCCAUGUUGACUUCUGCAUCAACGGUGGCAGAAUGCAGCCCAGCUGUCGCAAAGAGGGACGGCGUAUCAGACAGGCGAGAUGCAGUCACUUCCUCAGUUCUUGUUUCUUCGCCGCCACCAUCAGUGAGGCCGGUAGCCGCCACAAGGCCGCCCCCUGCUCGGUCACUUGCCGCCCUCUGCCUCCACCACUGGGCGGCCUGGACCGCACCGUGUCCAUGGGCGUCCACACACCAGAGACUGUGCGAGGGACUUACUGCAUACGAAUGGAUGACGCUCAGCGAUGCCCCUUUGAUUAGUAGCCACUAUACUGGGGGUGAAACAUCUAGGCAGAGCUACACCAAGGCAUUGUAGCCUGUAGUGCAUACAACAUGUACUCACUGACCCUACCAUAGUGACAGAUUUCAACCAAAGCCAUAUCAUGAUGCGAUAUUUAGUGAAUAACAACAUUUAUUUAAUAUCUAAUAGUAAUUAUAUUGAGAUGCUGAACGUGUAGAAUGUACAUGUUCAGAUGUUUCUGGUAUUUUAUUUUUAUUAUUUUCCAUUAUUAUUAUGUUUGUUACAAAUUACCUAGAUAAUAUGAAUUGUAUUUUGCCUUCACAAUAUUAUAUUUUGCAUCUAUUUAUGUUCUAUUGCAUUUGAUAACAAAAUUGAAGACAUGGUACAAUUACCUAAAAUAGAUUAGAUAGAAAGGUGAUUUUUAAUAUUGUAUUUAA